AUGGCUGAGUCCAAAAUUUCAGUAACUCAGGAUGAGUUCAGCUGUUCAGUCUGUCUGGAAACACUGAAGGAUCCAGUAACUACAUCAUGUGGACACAGUUUCUGUAUGGUGUGUAUUAAUAACUGCUGGGAUCAGGAGGAUGAUAAGGGAACAUACAGCUGUCCACAGUGUAGACAAACCUUCACUCCAAGACCUGAAGUGAAUAGAAACACCAUGCUGGCUGGAGUUGUGGAGAAACUGAAGAAAACAGAACUUCAAGCUCCACAUCCUGGUCACUGUUCUGCUGGACCUGAAGAUGUGGAGUGUGAUUUCUGUACAGAGAGAAAAUCCAAAGCUGUUAAAUCCUGUCUUGUGUGUUUGGCCUCUUUCUGUGAAACUCACCUUCAGCCUCAUUAUCAAAUUCCUGUUUAUAAGACUCACAAACUGGUUAAAGCCUCCAGACGACUCCAGGAUCAGAUCUGCUCUCAGCAUAAUAAACUGCUGGAGGUUUACUGUCAUACUGAUCAGCAGUGUAUCUGCAUGUUGUGUAUGCUAGACAAUCAUAAAGGACAUGAUACAAUAUCGGCUGCAGCAGAAAGAACUGAGAAACAGAAGCAGCUGCUGGAGAUCCAGAGAAAAUUCCAGGAGAAAAUCCAGAACAGAGAGAAGGAACUUUGUGAGCUGAUAAACGCUGUGGAGUCUCACAGGUGUUCUGCACAGACAGCAGUGAAGAACAUUGAGAGGAUCUGUACUGAACUAAUCAACUCAAUUAACAGAAGAUGCUCUGAGCUAAAAGAUCUGAUCAGAGAUCGAGAGACAGCAGAAGUAAGUCAAGCUGAAAAAGUCCUGAAAGUCCAGUUGGAGGAGCAGAUUGUAGAGCUGAAGAGGAAAGAUGCUGAACUGGAACAGCUUUCACACACAGAGGAUCCCGUCCAUUUCCUCCAGAAUUUUCAGUCUCUCUCGGCUCCUGCUGGAUCAAAAUCAGCCGCCAUCACAAUCAGUCCUUUCCUCUCAUUUGAUAAUGUUACAAAGUCUGUAUCUCAGCUGAGAGAGAAAGUAGAAGAAUUCUGGAAAGAUCAGUGUGAGAAGAUACCAGAUGAAGUGAAGAAAGUCCGGAUUACUUCACCUCCUGAACCUGAAAUCAGAGAAGAUUUUCUACAAUAUGUUUGUCGGUUCACACUGGAUCCAAACACAGUAAAUAAAUACCUCUGUCUGUCUGAGGAGAACGAAGUGGUGACCUGCAGUAGAACAGAACAGUUGUAUCCUGAUCAUCCAGAUAGAUUUGAUAUUUGGUCUCAGGUUGUGUGUAGAGAGAGUGUGAGUGGACGCUGUUACUGGGAGGUUGAGUGGAGUGGGAAUAAUGGGGUUUAUAUAGCAGUGUCAUAUAAAAGCAUCAGCAGGAAGGGAGAUGGUGUUGAGUGUGUGUUUGGAUAUAACGAUCAGUCCUGGAGAUUAGAGUGUUAUCCAUCCAAAUUUUUAUUGAGGCACAAUAAGAAAGAGACUAAAAUUCCCAUAAUGCCGAGUUCCUCUAGAAUAGGAGUGUAUGUGGAUUAUGAAGCAGGAACUCUGUCCUUCUACAGCGUCUCUGAUACAAUGAAGCUCCUCCACAGAGUUCAGACCAUGUUCACUCAGCUCCUCUACCCGGGGUUUUAUCUUUAUUAUGGAUCAGAAGUGAAACUGUCAGAUUUAACAAAUUAAAUGUAAAAUUUACAUGAAAGUGUAACAUUAAACUGUUUGAGUGAUUGUAGAAUCUGUGAGGCAGUGAUACAUUUAUGAAGAUUUUCUUUUUCAAUUUAUUAACCAGCAUUUAUUCAGUGCUGUGAAAAAGUAUUUACCCCCUUUCCUGAUUUCUUCUUUUAUUGAAUAUCAUCUAAAUGGAUUCAGAUAUUAAAACUAAAUUAAAUAAAAGACAAAUUGAAUAUUUAAAAACAUAAAAGAAAAAAUGUGUGUACAUUACAAAAUGGUAAAUGUGAUCAUUUUCACCUUAAACUUCUUUCUUCUCAAGUCUAUUAUAAGAAAAAUCUUAUGAUAAAAAUGAUCAUUUUCCUUUUGAACCACAGGUUGGUCAUUUCAGCAGUAGCGAGCGCUUAUGAGCAGUAAUAACUGAAAGACGUUUGGUGUUUCUAGGCUGUUUAGUACAUUAAGCCACAUGAGGUGUUUUAGAGUCUCCUGGAGAAGCUGAUUCUCACCUGAUUUCUCCUGAGCUGUAAAACACAAGUUUAAAAGUGAAACCAGCACAUGGUGAGGAAUAAUACAGCAGAACUUCGAUAUGUGUGGAUGGUUUCAGAGGGGAUUUGAUUAAUUCACUGAAAUAGUUAUUUGUAUUGUGGUACGUUCGUUCAGCCUUCAUCAGUUUAUCUCUGCUCAUUCAGCCUACAGCAGUUUAGACCCGUCCACUUAUCCAGCAGUUUGCCUCCACGAUGAGCCUGUAUAGAGAGAGAGAUUUGAUGUUUAAAAUUACAUUUUAUUACAAUGUGCAAAUAUACAAAUUACUUUUGUACAGGAAACAAAUAUAACAGUAACAUUAAAAAGUAAAGUACAAAUUAUUCUAGAUUAAAGUACAUAAUGCUUUUCUACAACACCAUGUUUUUACAUUAUUUAAUGUCAUGCAUCAGUUUAUAAAAAAUGUAUCAAUAUUUUACACUUAACCAGAGCAUAAAAUAAAGCUACUGCAUCAU